CGCCCGGGGCAGGUGGAGCGGAGGAGGCCGGCGAGUAGGUGCGCGGGGAUGAUCUCACUGGCGAGCUCCGCGCCAGGAGGAGGAGGAGGAGAGGAGGAGGAGGAGGAGGAGGAGGAGGAGCGGGAGCGCUUCCAACUUCCGGGUAGUGCCGCCGCACGCCGCGCCACCGGCAUCUUGCUUUUUCCUCCCCCUCCCUCGUGUCCCCCUCGCCUCUCCCUCCUUGCCUUUUAUUCCCAGCCCCACCCGCCAAAAUGAACAGCUCGGACGAGGAGAAACAGCUGCAACUCAUCACCAGCUUGAAGGAGCAAGCAAUAGGUGAAUAUGAAGACCUUCGGGCAGAGAACCAGAAAACAAAGGAGAAGUGUGACAAAAUUAGGCAAGAGCGAGAUGAAGCUGUUAAAAAACUGGAAGAAUUUCAAAAAAUUUCUCACAUGGUUAUAGAGGAAGUUAAUUUCAUGCAAAACCAUCUUGAGAUAGAGAAGACGUGUCGAGAGAGUGCGGAAGCCUUGGCAACAAAGCUAAAUAAAGAAAAUAAGACCCUGAAAAGAAUCAGUAUGUUAUACAUGGCCAAGCUGGGACCGGAUGUAAUAACAGAGGAGAUAAACAUCGAUGAUGAUGAUGAUUCAACCACCGACACAGAUGGUGCAGCCGAGGCUUGUGUCUCUGUUCAGUGUCAGAAGCAAAUCAAAGAACUUCGAGAUCAAAUUGUAUCUGUUCAGGAAGAAAAGAAGCUAUUAGCCAUUGAGCUGGAAAAUCUCAAGAGCAAACUUGUUGAAGCAAUGGAAGAAGUAAAUAAAGUUAAACAAGAAAAAGCUGUUUUAAGUUCAGAAGUUCUUGAACAGAGAAAAGUCUUAGAGAAAUGCAACAGAGUGUCCAUGCUGGCAGUGGAAGAGUAUGAGGAAAUGCAGGUCACCCUGGAGCUGGAGAAGGACCUUCGCAAGAAAGCAGAGUCCUUUGCACAAGAGAUGUUCAUCGAACAAAACAAGCUAAAGAGACAAAGCCACCUUCUGCUUCAGAGUGCUGUCCCUGACCAGAAGCUUUUGAAAGCUUUAGAUGAAAAUGCAAAACUCAUCCAUCAACUUGAAGAAGAGCGAAUCCAGCAUCAACAGAAGGUCAAAGAGUUGGAGGAACAGCUGGAAAACGAAGCCCUGCACAAAGAGAUCCAUAACCUGAAGCAGCAGUUGGAGCUUCUGGAAGAAGACAAGAAGGAGCUGGAGCUGAAAUACCAGAGCUCAGAGGAGAAGGCCAGAAACCUAAAGCAUUCCGUGGAUGAACUCCAGAAGCGAGUGAAUCAGUCUGAGAAUUCUGUGCCUCCCCCGCCUCCUCCACCCCCUCCACUCCCUCCUCCACCCCCCAAUCCUAUCCGAUCCCUCAUGUCGAUGAUCCGGAAGCGAUCCCACCCCAGUGGCAGUGGUGCUAAGAAAGAAAAGGCAACUCAACCAGAAACAACUGAGGAAGUCACAGACCUAAAGAGGCAAGCAGUGGAAGAGAUGAUGGAUAGAAUUAAAAAGGGGGUUCAUCUUAGACCAGUAAACCAGACAGCCAGACUGAAGGCAAAGCCAGACUCUUCAAAAGGCUCUGAAAGCGCAGUGAAUGAGCUGAAGGGAAUACUGGGGACACUUAACAAAUCCACUAGUUCAAGAAGCUUAAAAUCCCUUGACCCUGAGAACAGUGAAACUGAGUUAGAAAGGAUUUUACGUCGCAGAAAGGUGACCGCAGAAGCAGAUAGCAGUAGUCCUUCCGGGAUAUUAGCCACCUCAGAGUCCAAAUCCAUGCCAGUGUUGGGUUCUGUAUCCAGUGUAACAAAAACAGCCUUGAACAAGAAAACUCUGGAGGCAGAAUUCAACAGCCCGUGCCCCCUAACACCUGAGCCAGGUGAAGGGCCCCGUAAAUUGGAAGGAUGCACAAGUUCCAAGGUUACAUUUCAGCCUCCCAGUAACGGUGGAUUCAGGAGAAAAUUCAGGGGCAGUGAAAAACAAGCUGAACCAGUUGUAGUUUUAGAUCCUGUUCCUGAACAUGAACCCCAAACCAAAGACCAGGUCGCUGAAAAAGAUCCAACUCAAUGCAAGGAGAAGGAAGGCAGGAUGAAACCAGAAUACAAAGGAGACAGCGGUGAAAAGCCAAGAGAGACAGAGAGUUCCAACUGCUGAUUUGGAAGCCGGGGGCCGACCUGUUUGCAAGUCCUUUCUAUAAGCACAUGGUUCGUUUUAGGCGUACUGUCCUGUUGGACAUCCCACUUGCUCGGGUCACUGUAUUGGCUACACACAUCUUUCCUGGUAUCCUUUUGUAAGUAGCAACUAUAAACAUAAGUAAGCUGUUUAGCAAAAUACACAUUCUGAGUAGAUUUUGAUCUUUAUAGAGGUAAGAUUUUUUUUCCUGUUACUACAUAAAGUGUGACUUCCUCUAGAUGGUGGCAGAAAAUUCAGAUGUAGGAAAUGUGCGUACCACUCAUCAAAAUCAACUGUGUUGGAAAUUCAAGGUGGAUGUGGAUAACUGGAUAAACAGAACUCACCAAACAAAAUGAUCCCAAAAGCCUUCUCUAGUCUCUCAACCAGCUGUGUUGUGCUCCUAGCACCUGGGAGGCUGAGGCAGGAGGAUUGCUUGAGCCUGAAGUUUGAGGCUAGUUAGGGCUAAAUAGCCAGACUCAUUCUAAAUUAGAAAAAAAUCCCCAAAGAAGCUUCUGCCUGGACUCUGGGCCUCUCUGGAUGGAGAAACUGCAGUCGCAUGGAAAUCAGCUGGUCUUGUAGCAGCUCCAUCAUUUUGUAGGGUAGACCGAGAUCAUCUUAGAAUUCAGGAGCUGGCAUCAAGCUCCACAGUACUUCAGGUCACAGUUAAUCAUUAACUAUUGUGUGAGAAGCACAAGCUCUUGUGCCCUAAAGCUCGCCAAGGACUUCAGGGGCAGUGUUCUGGUGGCCUGUGUGGUGAAGUGAAAGUCCAAACCUUGAAUUUAACAGUAAUAACCUGGUAAACCACAUUUUCUGUGCCAUGAGUUAAUUGUUUUCCCAUAUACUCGUGUGGCACAAGCACCAUAUUCUACCGCAGUUCUGAUACCCAGCGAGGACAGGUGACGAGCACACGUUUUUCUUGCUUCACUGCUGUUCACUACAUUACACAGUUGUUGUUGUUUUUUAUAAAGAGGAAAUUAAGUGGUGGUUUCUAAAAAUACAACGUUUCAGGCUACCACAGUGAAUAAAUAGAAAUGUAAUCAGGGAUUUAAAAAAAAAAAAACUUAUGCAGGUUUUCAAAGUUGAUUGUUUCAAAAUUGGUGUUUAUUUAAAAUAAGUGGUAAUGUACUUGAAUGCAGUUUUUAUGACAAUGAUUCAGUAAUGGUAAUUUUACUAUUAAAGAAACUGAAAGGUUUAGUUUUGUUAGCAUGACUCAGCAUGUAGCUGUCAGGUGCUUCGCACCUAAGGGCAAAAGAAAACGAUAGUAAUAAUUGCAGUAGUUGUGUUGUGUUGUAUUUUGCACGUGUGCUACCAGCAUUGGCUUGAGGAGGGGAGACAGGUGAGUGGACUUCCUCAAUUUGGAGACAAUUAUCUUGCUGUAGCUUCAUUAUGCUUGACUAUUUCUGUGUUCUUUCAGUGCUGAUUUUACAGUUCCCUAUCAGUUUACUCAUGGGGAAUUAAAAUGCAAUGUUUUUUUAACUGUGUGCUUCUCCAGCUGAACAAUACUGCCAGAUGAUGUGCUAACUAUAAACAGUAAUCCGUUUA